UAGGUCUAUACAUUAAUUUCUUUAAGGUUCAAUUCAAUUAUACUAAACCAAACUAAAAAGCUAAACUAAAAAAAUCCGGAUACAAACCUAAUCUAGACCAGUACAUAACUUGAUUUGGAGCUUUAGGUUGUUAAGGUUGUUUACCUGCAUUUGUGUGUAGUCCAUCAUGUCAAGCUCAAACAUGUCAAACCGGCAGCUCACUGGAAGUCAGUUGGAGGAAGAAGAUGAAGUAAUCAUUUUACCUCAAGUUGACAACUCAGCCUUGAUAGCUAGAUAUAAGCUGAGCCUUGUAGGUCGCAUGUUUCACCGAGAUUGAAGGAACGUUGAGACGGCCAUAGCCCUGCUGCCCAAGGAGAAUAUUUGGAAUGUUGCGGGUCGUGUUCGUGGCAUUCCUCUUGGAAACUCAAGAUUCCAGUUUGAUUUUGAUUCGGAGAGAGAUCUCCAAAAGGUGUUGAAACGAAGACCUUGCCACUUCAAUAAGUGGUCCUUUGCUUUGGAAAGAUGGGAACCUCAUGUUGGAGAUGUGUUCCCAAAUACCAUGACUUUCUGGAUUCAUACUGAAGGCAUCCCCACCCAGUUUUGGAUGGAGGAAAUUUUUCGCAACUUUGGAAGAGCUCUUGGAGAAGUCAGAUUGGUUGAUGCUCCUAUGGCCAGAUUCCAAGUAACUAUUAAGGCAGAUGAACCUCUACGCUUUCGUAAAAAAACACAACUUCCAACCGGAGAGGUGGUUUGGGUUUCUCUACGAUAUGACAAACUCUUCAGGUGGUGCAAGCUCUGCCACCGCAUCUGCCAUGAACAAGAAAAAUGCCCUUUAGCUCCCGUGACCCAGAAUGUCUCAAUCCCGGAGGAGAAAACCAUUGGUACAAGCUUGGGCAAACUAGCUUCAGGGAAAGAGAUUUCCGCCCUACAAAUAAGCUCAAAUGGUAGGACUCAUCCCUCUUGGUGGAGACCUGAUCUUGUUGAGCCAUCACAAAAUCAGGAAGACUCAAACAAUUCUGAGUAUCAGAGAAGAAAAGCUGAAGGUAAAAGACUAACAAAUGAUAAUACAAACCAAAAGAAUGUAUGGCGCCGAAUAGAUGAUCGUCGAUCCCAGAAUUUGGACUCUUCUGCAAUAAACUUAAACCACCAAGAGACGAGGAGCACAUCUAUGAUACCUGAUCGGAGAGGAUCCCGGAAUGCUGCUCCAAUUCCCCGGAAACGGGAGACAUCUUCUAGACUUUCAGGGAUUAAUAAACCCACUUUAAACCAUGAGCUUGGUCUCUCCAAAGAUUCGGGCCGUAAAAGACGCCUUGAUGAUUCUUUUGAGGAACCUCCGCGUAAAUCAACCUCGUCAAAAGAUAAAGCUAAGGUUCCUGGGAAACAACAAAGUAAGCGUCUUGAUGUACCAUCAAAGGCUGGUGAGGAACCUCUUGCUUUGAACUUGAAGAAGACCAACUCGGACGCUCUCGCUAAUUCUCUGCGGGCAAAACAAGGAGUCUUAUCACCGGAUUACACCAAAGAGAGACCUUUCCGCUUGAACCUGUCAAAACGCUCUAAAACUUGUCUUUUGGAUCGUGUGAAUGUUUCUGAGAUUCCUCCCGCCAAGAAUUCCCUUGGUACUGGCAGCUCCGCAAAAAAGAGCCUUAAUUUCGAUGCUUUGCCGCCGGAGGAUGAGGAAUGCAAGUCCCGGGAAGCAGUAGACCCCUGUUUGGUUCAAAAUUCGCAACCUACGGAACAAAGCUGGUAUGAGCAGACGGUUGAAGAAGAAGAAGCCCUUGCGCAGAAAGCUAUGUUGGAAACCCGAUUCUCGAACUCCAUUAGAAUUGAAGAUGAUAACAUGGUUAUCCCUGAGAAUUCUGCAAUUGAUAACAAUGGAGUGGAGAUUGAGAAUGAAGAAGCCUGGGAGGAUGAGGAAUAUAUGGAAGAAGAUGGGAUUGAUGAUGAAUCUUACCAGGAAGCUUUAGAGAAAGGUGACAUGGACUGGGAAGAAAAUUUGGAUGAAGAAGAAAGGGUGGAUCUUGAAUGGGAGGCAGAAGAUGAUGCAGCCUACCAAGAAAUUGAAAAAUCCCUGCUUGAAGCAGGAGAAACUCUAGAGAAUGACGAUCUUCUUGGAGAAGAAUUUGAUGAUUUUGAAAACAGGGAUACAUGGAACGUGGAAAAGCAAAAGGAACGUGAUGCAACUUUAAACCAAAUGGGCUUGGGCCACUCCAAACAAAAAGGAAAAAAGAAGGAAAAACAAAAAAAGGCCUCUGCUAUUAUUCCACAGGCCCAAACUUCACAAGCUAAUUCUCAAGGUGCGGCUUCGAGGAAGCUUUUCAAUCUUCAAGGAAAAUUCUCUCCGAAAACUCAAGGUCCUCUCCCGCAUGUGACUCGCACAAAUGUAAGACAACCAAGAGCUUCAGGAAGGGGACCAAGUACUGAAGUUUUCCCCUCGUCUGUGAAGAACAAGACAUCAUCCUCAAUAAUCGAUACGGGUGGGCCCUCGAACCCUCCUGGGUCGGACAUAUGAGGAUCAUAGCUUGGAACUGUCAAGGGGUGAGAGCGCAACUUACAACUCGCCGACUGGAAGAAAUGUGUCGAAUGUUUACUCCAGGUUUCCUCUUUCUCUCGGAGACGAAGAAUGAUUUACAUCAUCUCCAGAAUCUUCAAGUUUCUUUAGGUUUUGAUUCCCUCCUUACUAUUGAACCUGAUGGUAACAGUGGAGGUCUAGCUUUGUUGUUUUUGAAAGACUAUCCGAUUAAAUUAUUGUCUUGUAAUGAUCGCAU